AUGGCUCUUGGUGAUCUCUACUGCGGCAUGAGCAAGCUGCUGCUCAUGGCGGCCCUCGUCGCCGCAGCAAUGGCGAAGGUGACGAUGGCUGCGUCGACGAUGGAGGAGAGGCACAGCAAGUGGAUGGCCGAGCACGGCCGCACGUACAGGGACGCCGCCGAGAAGGCUCGCCGCUUCCGGGCGUUCAAGGCCAACGUCGAGCUCAUCGACAGGUCCAACGCCGCCGCCGGCAAGCGCUACCGCCUCGCCACCAACAGGUUCACCGACCUCACCAACGCCGAGUUCGCCGCCAUCUACACGGGCUACAAGCCCAGCACCAUGCCGCCGUCGUCCUCGGGCGCCGUCACCUUCAUGUACGCCAACGCCACCCUCUCGUCGGAGGACCAGCAGCCGGCGGUUGACUGGCGGCAGCAAGGCGCCGUCACCGGCGUCAAGAACCAGGGACCUUGCGGCUGCUGCUGGGCGUUCUCCACGGUGGCGGCCGUGGAGGGCAUCCACCAGAUCACCACCGGCGAGCUGGUGUCCCUGUCGGAGCAGCAGCUGCUCGACUGCUCCGACAACGGGGGCUGCUCCGGCGGUAGCCUCGACAAGGCGUUCCAGUACAUGGCCAACAGCGGCGGCGUCACCACCGAGGACGCCUACCCCUACCAGGCCCAGCAGGGGACGUGCCAGUUCGACGGCACGUCGGCCGUCGCCGCCGCCACCAUCAGCGGGUACCAGCGCGUGAACCCGAACGACGAGGCCGCGCUCGCCGCCGCCGUGGCGAACCAGCCGGUGUCGGUGGCCAUCGAGGGGAGCAGCCCGCUGUUCCAGCACUACAGCAGCGGCGUGUUCACGGCGGACAGCUGCGGCACGACGCUGAACCACGCGGUGACAAUGGUGGGCUAUGGCGCGGCGGCGGACGGGAGCGCCUACUGGCUGAUCAAGAACUCGUGGGGCGCCACCUGGGGGGAGGGUGGCUACAUGAAGCUGGAGAAGGACGUGGGCAGCAGCCAGGGCGCGUGCGGCGUCGCCAUGGCACCCUCCUACCCUGUCGUCUAG